AAAAAAAAGAAUAUUUUUUAGAUAAUUAACAAUAAAACCAUUUUUAAUCAUUUUAAACGAACGAAUUUUUAUUUAUUUUUAUUAGUAGUUAAUUAAAACAAAAACAAAAAAACUUUAAUCAAUAUGGUUGUUAAUUUUAAGAUUUUUAAAAAGGCCUCGCCUAAUAACAUGGUCACCCUGUACAUGAACAGGCGUGAAUUUGUGGAUUCUGUGACACAAGUGGAACCUGUUGAUGGUAUUGUGGUGCUGGACGAUGAGUACAUUCGUCAAAAUCGCAAAAUCUUCGUGCAACUCAUUUGCAAUUUCCGCUAUGGUCGCGAAGAUGACGAAAUGAUUGGUCUGCGUUUCCAAAAGGAACUGAUUUUGGUUUCGCAACCUGUCUAUCCGGAACAAAAAAUCGAUAUACAGUUGACGAAAAUGCAAGAGCGUCUACUAAAAAAACUGGGCUCCAAUGCCUAUCCCUUUAUCUUGGAAAUGCCACCUAGCUCUCCUGCUUCAGUGGUGUUGCAGCAAAAAGCCAAUGAUAGCACCCAACCUUGUGGUGUCCAAUAUUUCGUUAAGGUAUUUGCUGGUGAGAAUGAUUGCGAUCGUUCUCAUCGCCGUAGCACUGUUAAUUUGGGCAUUCGCAAGGUACAAUAUGCGCCCACUAAAACUGGUAUACAACCCUGUACUGUGGUGCGCAAGGACUUCCUCCUAUCGCCGGGAGAAUUGGAACUGGAAGUCACUUUAGAUAGGCAGUUGUAUUAUCAUGGGGAGAAGAUUUCCAUUAAUAUUUGUGUGCGUAACAACUCGAAUAAGGUGGUGAAAAAGAUUAAGGCCAUGGUGCAACAGGGCAUUGAUGUGGUGCUCUUCCAAAAUGGUCAAUUUCGUAAUACUAUUGCUUUUGCUGAGAGCAGCGAGGGCUGUCCUUUGAAUCCGGGUUCUAGUUUGCAGAAGAUAAUGUAUUUGGUACCCAAUUUGGCGGCAAAUUGUGAUCGUGCUGGCAUAGCUGUUGAGGGUGAUGUUAAGCAUAAGAACACUUCUUUGGCCUCGACUACAUUGAUUGCUAGUCAAGAAGCUCGUGAUGCUUUUGGCAUUAUUGUCUCGUAUGCCGUUAAAGUUAAGUUGUUCUUGGGAGCAUUGGGUGGCGAAUUAUGUGCUGAAUUGCCAUUUAUUUUAAUGCAUCCAAAGCCUAGCCUCAAGGCUCAACCGGAAGCGGAAACUGAAGAAGCUUAAAUUAUCUAUUGCUGCAGCUGCAACUACUACUACUCUUAAAUACUCUGCAUCUACUAUAUUUGCUGAAACUGUUGUACUCUAUAAAGAGUUACAUAAGUAUAGUUAAAAUAUAUUUUUCAAUGAUUUGCAUGUUCUUUAUUUAUUUAAAUAUACAAUAUAGUUAUAUUGAAAAUAUUAUAAACAAAAUAGCAAACUGUGCAUGGGAAUCUGUAUCAAUUGCUUUAUU